GCUUAUCUCCGGCUGUUCUCCGGUUCUUUUCCCCCGGAUCCUCUGCGGCUCUGACCGGCUGCUGUUUCCGGAUUUAACGGCUGACAUUCUCCCCCGUCAGACUUUUCGACGUCCCGCAGCUGAACCGGGACAUUUUGAUAAGAUGGGUCUGAUGAUCUCGUCUCUGUUCUCCCGGUUAUUCGGGAAGAAGCAGAUGAGGAUACUGAUGGUGGGUUUGGACGCAGCUGGAAAAACAACGAUCCUGUACAAACUGAAGCUUGGAGAGAUCGUCACCACCAUCCCAACAAUCGGUUUUAACGUGGAGACGGUGGAGUACAAGAACAUCUGUUUCACAGUGUGGGACGUGGGCGGUCAGGACAAGAUCAGACCUCUGUGGAGACACUACUUCCAAAAUACACAGGGUCUGAUCUUUGUGGUGGACAGUAACGACAGAGAGAGAGUCGCAGAGUCUGCUGAGGAGCUCUCCAAGAUGAUCCAGGAGGACGAGCUGAAGGACGCCGUUCUGCUGGUGUUCGCUAACAAACAGGAUCUUCCCAACGCCAUGGCAGUCAGUGAACUCACCGACAAGCUGGGUCUGCACAGCCUGCGCAGCAAAACUUGGCACGUCCAGGCCACCUGUGCCACCCAGGGGACGGGUCUGUACGAGGGGCUGGACUGGCUGUCCAAUGAGCUGUCCAAACGCUGAGCAGCUGACAGGAAGCAGCUGACCGCACCACGUGUACAGAGGAGGAAGUGAAGAUUUCACUGAACUGUUUUUUGUUUUUUAAAUUAUAAAUGUGUCGUCUGUGGGAGGAAGUGAUGUCAUGGACUCUGACCUCAUCCUCUUCUUCUGUUAUUAUUUUAAUCCGCAUGUUUUAGAAUCAUGUGACAGCAAGGGGUGGGGCUUAAAACAUACCAGGGUUGGGGCCUAUAGUACCUGUGAGCAG